CCCGACGACUUCGGCGGCUGGGCCCUCCCCCACGCCCCGGCCCACUCCACCGUCAACAAACCUCCCCUCAUCCACCCCAAUUCCCCAUCUCCUUCCUACGCCCUCCUCGGCUUCGGCACUUCCCUCGCUCUUCUCCUCGCCGUCUUCGCCGCCUCCAGGAGAGGGUUCCACGUUCCGUUCGCGAGACCGUUGCAAGGGCUGUGGACUCGCGUGGAGACUCGCCGUGAUCAAAACGACACUCCGGAGUCUGACGUUUCUGCCGGAACCAAGUCAACUGUGUCCGAGAACAGCGUUGCCGUUACGGAAACUGCUGUGGAAAAGCUUGAACGAAUUGUGAUCCCGGUUUCGGUGGAUUCUACACAAGAAGAAGCAUUGUCAGUCCUAAAGACACUGAAGAUAAUUGAAGAUGACGUAGAAGCCAAUGAAUUGUGUACCAGAAGAGAAUUUGCUAGAUGGCUAGUUAAAUUGAAUUCUUCCUUGGAAAGGAAUCCUAAACACAGGAUCGUUCCUAUAGUAUCACUUUCUGGAUCUGUAGUUGCUGCAUUUGAUGAUAUCAGUAUUGUCGACCCAGACUUUAGAUCCAUUCAAGUCUUAGCAGAAGCAGGUGUGAUCCCCAGCAAAUUAUCAUGGAAUGAUAGUUCCAAUUACGAUGGAUUUGACAGUCAAGAAAACAUAAACUUUUUUCCUGAUAGAUUCAUCUCACGACAAGAUCUAGUAGAUUGGAGAGCUCAGCUGGAAUAUGAAUUUUUCUCUGGGGUAAUUGAUCAGAUAUCAAUUAAAAAAGCAGGUUAUAUGGAUGUGAAGGAAAUCACUUCUCCAGCAGUUUAUGUGGACAUGUUGGCAGGGGAUAGGAGUAUACUUAGAAAAGUUUUUGGACAGAGCAAGCGAUUUCAGCCAAACAAACCUUCAACAAAAGCACAAGCAGCGGUGGCUCUGACAAGUGGCAGGAUGAAGGAGGCAAUAUCAGCUGAAAUGUUGAGAAUAGAAGCUGAGAAUUCUGCCAGAUUGGCUGAGGCAGAAGAGAUCAGGUCUGAGUUGCUUAGCCGAGGAGAUAUACAGAGGUUUUGGGAUGAGAAGCUUAAUAAAGAGAAAAUUCGUGGUUUUGAGGUAGAGAGGCUUUAUCAUAUGGAAGUAAAAAAUUUGCAAGAUGAGGAGAUCAAUCAAGAUAAGAUAUAUGCGGAGUAUUUAAAAGAAAAGGCAGCGAUGGAUUGUCAGAAGCAGCUGCUGCUUAGCUUAAAGAAAGAAAUUGAUGAGAUAUCAGAAAAACUUGCAUCAGAGAGAGUCAUAUAUCUGGACGAAAGGCAUGUUGUACAAAAGUUGCUCAAAGAUUUAGAAUUCAAGCAUGAAGAAAUGCUUGACACCAAAUCCACUCUAGAAGCUGAGAAAGAAGCUCUUCAGAUUCUUAGAUCUUGGGUGGAGGACGAGGCAAGGAGAAGCCAAGCUCGGGCAGCUGUUCUCGAAGAGGUAGGGCGAAGAUGGAAAUGGGAGGACCAAGCUUGAUUGUAAAUUAACAUAUCUACAUAUCAAUAUAUUUACUAAAAAGAUAAAUUCUUUAGACUACAAUGCUUUGUUUUGUAUUAUGGUCUUUUGGGAGAGAAAGGAAAGGACUAAGGGUGAUGACGAGCCUCAUCCUUUGUUUGGUAUAUACACAUUCAGAAAGGAAAGUGUUAAAUUAUGAUGCAAA